CCGGCUCGGCAUGAGUAAAAUGUGUAACUUGUAGUAGUCGAUGUUGCCGUGUAGGAAUGUUCGGGAGUUUUCACAAGUGUAGCGUCUGAAAUAUCAACCGACAACAGUGUCAUAAUUCCACUGAAAUUGAGAUUUUUUUCAUCAAAGCUCCAAUCAGCAGGAAAUAGUCAUGAAGUCCGGAAAUUCCAGUGACGUCGUUUACAAGGAAGUGGUUAUUAUAGGAAACGGCCCAAGCGGCAUCGCUCUCUCUUACAUGUUAUCCGGGAAUCUACCUUUCCUUGUCUCGGAUUCUCACCCGGAUGAAAUGCUUUCAAUGAGGCUCAGCUCUGUGGUGGAUCGGUGCUUGGUCAAGCAGGACUUGGGCCAUCUGGCGGCAGGAAUUGAAGGCCGUUCCACCAAUCCGGUUUCACUCCUGCUUGACGCGCUGCUGCACCCAUGUGCGGAUAUUGGCGUCAAGAUGGAGCCACUUGUCGAGUUCAAGAAAGUAGGCGCCGAGAUUGACCACGUGGUGUUGGGUAAGGGCCCCCCUGGCGGCUCGUGGCACAAGAUGGACCCCUACAUCCUGACCUUAUCCCUGGGGACCUGGAUGUCCCUCCCGGGACUCCCGUUCCACUCGCGGGACUCUGGUGAAAAACGCGCUUUCGCAUGCAAUGUUGCCAACUACUACGUGCAAUACGUGAAAGAGAUGAACCUGUCUCGCUACUUCAUCAACACCGCCACCGCCACGAACAUCGCCCCCUUGAAGGGCACGCGGAAGGAGAGGGAGACCAUUGAAAGACUGACCGAAAACCUCGAACGAAUCAACGAUCAAUCAAAACCCUGCCGACUUUCCGACGCUUUCAACUACCUCCUCUCAAGGGGGCACCGCAAGCACAAGCCCAGCCGGUGUUGUAAGCGCCCGCGAGAGGGGCUUUGUCAGGGGCAAAGCCCCGACAGAAAGCGCGAGCUGCGCAGAGACCGAUCUGUUAGUCUAAGCUGUGAUUCAAUCUCUCAUUGUGAUAGUUCUAGUGAUAGCGUUAGUUUAGAAUUGAAGAAUGCUCGAGUGCCUUUUCGAAUCACUCCGGUCUGCGACCCGGAACAGAAGAGUAACUGGGUGGUGGAGACCCGGAAUGUGGAGUCCGGGGAGACCACUAUCUAUCACUGUAAAUAUCUGGUUUUGGCGAGUGGGGCCAGUGAUUUACCCAAUAGAUUGGAGUUUUCGAAAGUUAAGCCUGAUCCGGAUUGGCUGUUUCAUGAUUUGAGGAGUCUGGAGUACCAUUUGGAUCAUUAUAUUCGGAGCAAGGGGGUGGGGGAGAUUGAGCCCGUUUUGGUCGUGGGGGUGGGGCUGAGCGCCGCCGACGCCGUGAUUGCCACAAGGGGGCGCAAUAUCCCCGUUCUGCACGUUUUUAGAAACAAGACGGCCAAUUUGAACAAACAGUUGCCCGAAAAUAUGUACCCGGAGUACCACAAAGUGCACCAAAUGAUGAAAGACGGCGGUUCCACCUACCCCUACUACACCGCCUACCCCGAAUACACCCUCUCCAACAUCGACGAGUCGUCUCGUUCCGUGAUUCUCACGUCAAAAUCGGGGGAAACCCUCAAAAUGCGUGUGUCAUUCGCCGCUGUUUUGAUUGGUUCGCGCCCCGACUUGACUUUCCUGCCCCAAGAGUACAAUCUGGCGGUGAAAAAGGACCAACCCAUCGAUUGUAAAACUAAUACUUUGAACAUAAAUAAACUGACACAUUGUGUGGAAGGUUUCGAUGAUUUAUUCGCAGUUGGGCCUUUGGCGGGCGAUAAUUUCGUCAGAUUUAUACCAGGGGGCGCGCUAGCCGUGGUCUCAGAAUUGUAUAGACAAAAUAACGACUAUUGUUGCCGUUUUACGUAAUAAGGGUGGGGGUUAGGGUAGAUUAAAGCAGGACAAUUCUAAAAAACAAAAUAUUCCAAAAAAAUACUUGCCUGUUUUAUUUUAGACAACCAAGUGGCUGUAAGUUUGCAACACUGAAUUGUUUUAAUAGUCAUCAGUGGUGGCAACUUAAUAUUACGUGGCCUACUUAGUUUUUACAGUCGCUUGGUAUUUUAUAGUUUUGUGAUAACGUAGCCUUUAUUUUUUUAACCAGUGACGAGCUUUAUGAGCAAAAAUCUAGUCUUUGAUUGCUAGGGUGCGUAAGAACAAUCAAAGAAUCGACUUUUGAUAAAAAUACCAAAAACACGUGUGUAAGUGUUUAAAAAAUCACAAGCAUCAUUCCUGUACUCAUUGUUUCUUAUUAAGUGCAAUUUAUUGUUGCGGUCUUUUUUAUCUUUUUAUUAUUGUUAUCAGAGCAAAUUUAUAUAAUAUUUUAUGACGAUUUUUAUAGAUUUCUUUUAAAUAUUGUGAUGCGGCGAAAGUUUGUUUUCAACUUUUACGAUGUAGACACAAUGCAAUUUAUUUUUUAUGGUAUCGUAGAUCUGUAGUAAAAACCGUACUUUAUAUAAGCAAUAAUUAAGUACACAGUUGUUUUGUUGAAAAUGUUGUUUAUUUUUUUAUUUGUAGAUAUUUACAGAAAUAAAGAUGAUUGAUUAAA